AUGUCUCAGCCUGCCAGCGCAGUUCCGAAACGCAUGACAACUCGAGCUAAAAAUGCUACUCAGCAUCCAGGACAUAUUCUGACUGGGGGUGAAGGCCGCGCAAAGAGACGUACCAAAGCUCAAAAGUCCGCUGACGACCAGCUUGAAAAAGAAGCAAAGGAGGCAAGUGAAACAGCUGUGCAAGAAAAGCAUAAGCGCGUUGCCACAUUUCAGAAACAGAUGGAGACCGACCAAGCUGCAAUGCGUGCUGAUGCACCCAAGCCAAGUCGUCCUUGUCCACGCCCAGUAAAGAAGGGCGUGAAAGCCUCAGACACCUCCAACAUGACUACGGCGGGUGGUCAGGAAGGUGCAGGCAUUGUCGCCGAUAAGGAUGUUGGUGCCGAUAAGGCUGUUGGUGCCAAAGUCAAGGGCGGCAAAGCUAAAGGUAAAAUGACAGCUGGUGCUGACAUCGGGAAUCCUGGGAGUGAACAGGAGUUGGAGGCGCAAGUGCCAGGGACACGCAAAACGAAGGGGAGGAAAGUAAUCCCAGUGAAGACGCCAGUGAGAAAUGCGAUUGAAGCAGCAGGCCUUAUCGAUGAAUCAACAGAGGCACGUGAUCAUGAUAACCAAGUGUCUGAUGUCAAUUUUGAUGCUGGGGCUGACAAAUUGACAGGUCUUGCUAUUUCUACCCUGUUUGAUGACGAUGAUUUAGACGAAUCAAUGGAGCGCUCUCAAGCUCUUUGUCGAAUGUCAAAAUUGAGGGCUACUCAGGGCGUCAAGAUUUCUCCCAAUGUCCCUGGCACUGCAGUGCCCACAAACUUAGCCCCCCACAAUGCCCAUCUGGCACCCAAGCAGCUCGCCGCGAUCGAACCUGACGUCGUCUAUGAUGAUACCUUCACGACCCCGAACAAUGAUUUUGAAAUGGACGCUGAGGCACCUGCACAGGCUCCCCUACCUGCCCUGGUUUUUUAUAAAUCCGACUCGGAUUCAGAAUCUGAUCUCGAACCACCCCCUUCUGCACAGGUUCCCAAAGGGUAUUAUGACGUUGACCCCCGGCCUCUCGCCCAAGCCCACACAUCCCACCCUACCAUUCCAGCAACACGUGUAAAGCGGAAAUUCGCAGAUGUCGAGGAUGCGGAUAUCGAGGACGCGGAUAUUGAGGACGACCUGCUCGAGGACGACCUGAUGAUUGAGGACGACCUUAUGAUCAGCGAGGACGACCCUAUGAUCGAGGACGACUCCUCAUCUGAAAUUGAGAUCGUUGAUCACCACAAGAAGACCGUAGUCAAGACCGAACCCAAACCUGUGUCCUUGCAGGUAACGUCUGGGGUAACUGGUGUCGGUGUCAAUCACAAAGCCCCCGUCACAAAGAGGCCAAAGCCCUCCGGUAAAAACACUCAGAGCGUUUCCCGUAUCGCAACCGCCGAAACACCUGAUCCCGCGAACCCUGACGAGGUUAUAGUGGAGAUCCUCCCCCGCUCUCAUUACAGGAUCACAAACCUUCCUGGAGGUCAUCGGGCAACAACUAGGUGGAGUAGCGUGUUUAUACCUACUCUCAUCCUCACCAUCGGAGAUCGGGACGAGGUCUGGUCUAUUCCUGAGAUGACCCUCCGCGAUAUUCUGCAGGACAUUUGGAACGUGGUUUACGGGGAUAUCACACAUACAGUCACUACAACCGGACCUGUCAUUGCCAUAGCUCUCCAACGGCUGUCCGACUGGCGCCAUAACAUCAGUCAUUCCGCUGUCUCGGUACUUGCGAGUUUUAUGUUGUCGCAGGAUGAUGUCGAGACCGAUCGAGACCGCGAAGACUUCGCAAAUAGCUUACUCUUCAAGUUUGGAUUCCUGUAUGGUCACAUUACAGAGGAUGGAAAAUUCCAAAAACCUUUUCAGUCCGAUCUCAUUCUCGAGGUCCUCUUGGAACGUGCCCUCAAAAUUAUCGGGCAUCACCCCACACUCGGCGUCAACAGUAAAGGGAAGGCUGUUAAGGUCCCCCACACUCUCAACAAAGCCACGGGCAAGGAUAGCGGUUCUCGGAGUGCCUUUUCGGUCACCAACUUCGGUUCAGCAACCAGGAACUAUAUGAAGUCUAUCAACCGCCUCGAAGAGUCAAUCGUCCAAGAACUCUGGGGACGCGCGAAGGCACUCGCUGCCAUGAGGGGGCGUAAUGCGCCGGUCGUUCUGGACAACGACUCCGAUGACGAGCGUGCACUCAUCUUCUGGGAUGCGCUGGCUUUACAUCCAGUCAGUCACCCACAUUGGUCCUCGUCAUUCAAUAACCUUGCGAAUGCGCUCUCUACCCGCUUCGAGCGCCGAGGCAAUGACCAAGACUUGGAUGAGGCGAUCAUGCUUCAUAGGGACGCGCUGGUUUUACGUCCAGUCAGUCACACAAACCGGUCCUCAUCAUUAAAUAACCUUGCAAGUGUGCUCUCUGCCCGCUUCGAGCGCCGAGGCAAUGACCAAGACUUGGAUGAGGCUAUCAUAAUUCACAGGGAUGCACUGGCUUUAUGUCCAAUCGGUCAUGCAGAUCGCUCCAUGUCAUUAAAUAACCUUGCAAAAGUGCUCCUUAGCUGCUUCGAGCACCGAGGCAAUGACCAAGACUUGGACGACACUAUCAUACUUCACAGGGACGCGCUAGCUUUACGUCCAGUCGGUCACGCAAAUCGGUCCAAGGCAUUCAAUGACCUUGCGAUUGCCCUCUUUACUCGCUUCCAGCACCAAGGCAAUGACCAAGACUUGGAUGAGUCUAACAUACUUCACAGGCAAGCGCUGGCUUUACAUCCAGUUGGUCACCCAAAUCGGUCCGGAUCAUUAAAUAACCUUUCGAAUGUACUCUCCACCUGCUUCAAGCACCGAGGCAAUGACCAAGAUCUGGAUGAAGCUGUCAUGCUUCAGAGGGAGACGCUGGCUUUACAUCCAGCCGUUCACCUAAAUCGCUUCAUAUCAUUAAGUAACCUUGCGAAUCAACUCUCCACCCGCUUCCAGCACCGAGGCAAUGAGCAAGACUUGGAUGAUGCUAUCGCGCUUCACAGGGAUGCGCUGGCUUUACAUCCAGUUGGUCAUCCAGAUCGGUUCAUGUCAUUACACAACCUUGCAUCUACGCUCUUUAUCCGCUUCGAGCACCGAGGCAAUGACCAAGACUUGGAUGAGGCUAGCAUGCUUCACAGGGACACCGUGGCUUUACAUCCAGUCGGCCACCCAGAUCAGUCCACGUCAUUAAAUAGCCUUGCGAAUGUGCUCUCUACCCGCUUCCAGCAGCGAGGCAAUGACCAAGACUUGGAUGACGCUAUCAUGCUUCACAGGGAUGCGCUGGCUUCACGUCCAGUUGGUCAUCCAGAUCUGUCCACGUCAUUACAUAACCUUGCAACUACGCUCUUUUUCCGCUUCGAGCACCGAGGCAAUGACCAAGACUUGGAUGAGGCUAUCAUGCUUCAAAGGGAAACACUGGUUUUAUAUCCAGUCGGUCAUGCACAUCGGCACAAUUCAUUACAUAACCUUGCAAAUGCGCUCUCUAUCCGCUUCCAGCACCGAAGCAAUGACCAAGACUUGGAUGAGGCUAUCAUGCUUCAGAGGGACGCGCUGGAUCUGUGCCCAUGCGGUCACCGAUAUCGGUCCGCGUCAUCCAAUAGCCUUGCAAAUAUUCUCGCUACCCGUUUCAAGCACCGAGGCAAGGACCAAGACCUGGAUGAGGCUAUCAUGCUUAACAGGGACGCCCUGGCUUUACGUUCAGUCGGUCACAAACACAGGCCCGGCUCAUUACAGAACCUUGCGAGUGUGCUCAUUGACCGCUUUGAGCACCGAGGCAAUUACCACGACUUAGAUGAGGCUAUCAUGCUUGACAGGGAUGCGCUGGCUUUAUAUCCAAUCGGUCACCCAGAGAGGUCCGCGUCAUUAAAUAAUCUUGCGACUGUGCUCGCUACACGCUUCGAGCACCGACGCAAUGGAGAAGACCUCCGCGAGUCACGAGAGAAUCUCCGCUGUGCAUUGACUCUGUUGACGCAACAUGAUCCUCGUCAAUUGACGGUCCAUCACUCAUUAGCUACCGUCUAUCUGUUGUUUCAUCAAUCGGGACUUGACAGGACUGCCGAAGAUACUGACACUUUGAAUGCUGCCAUGCAUCAUCGUCGGGCAGCAGCAGAUGUUGUCUCCGGAGGUUUGCAGCCUCGCCUGCGAGCAAGUCUACGCUGGGUUCACGAUGCCGAUCAAUAUUCACAUGAUACUCAACUGGAGGCUUAUGCAACUUCCAUGCAGCUUCUCGACGCUUACAUGUCCGCGACAGCUUCAGUAUCGUCUCGUCACAAUUCCAUGAAAGACUUUCCACGAACGCUUGCCGUGGAUGCUGCAUCAUGUGCUCUUCUUAGCGGUGAUGUGUGUCGCGCUGUCGAGUUGUUGGAACAAGGCAGGACUAUCAUUUGGACCCAGAUGACACGACUCCGCACGCCUCUUGAUGGCCUCCGAGAUCGCGGCGAUCACGCAGUGGCCCUGAUGAAGAAGUUCAGAGAUCUCAGCUCCCUCCUUGAUACACCUCCUACGAAUCAUCAAGAAGAGACCCCAAGAGUCAAUGUAGAAGCUGAAGCAAACCGGUACCGACGUCUAGUGGAGGAUUGGAAUAGAACUGUAGAAGAGAUUCGGAAUAUCGAGGGCUUCUCUCGCUUUCUACUUCCCCCCUUGUUCUCCGAUCUCCAAGAUGCAGCUCGUGAUGGGCCUAUUGUCGUGCUCGUCGCAAGCAAGUCAUCUUGUGAUGCCAUUAUAAUCCCGCACAACCAACCUCCGAUAAGCAUUAAACUCCGUAUCAAUUUGGAGAAACUACAAAAUUUGGUGCACAGAUUUCAAUCGGCAAGUCAACCACAGGCCGCUCCCAACCCCCCUGACGCUGCUCCCGCACCCACUUCCGAAGCUGCCCCCACGCCCGCUCCCAAAAGUAUCCACUCAGCCCUGAUGAAAGCUUUGAGGGAGUUAUGGAAUGACAUCGUCCACCCGGUGGUCGAACAUCUGAGCGGAUUUGCACCAUCACGUUCCCGGAUAUGGUGGUGCCCGACGGGUGCCUUCAAUUUCUUGCCGUUGCACGCUGCUGGCGAGUACAGGGCACACGGACAGUCCCUUUCGCAGCUGUAUAUCUCUUCAUACACGCCAUCGCUUACCGCCCUGAUCAGGACUCGCAGAAGUCAUGACAGAUCCCUGUCAGUGCCCUUUGCUGCCAUCGGCCAGGAUCACCCAGCUGGCCAUCCAUUCACUUUGGAGUGUGUGGAGCCUGAGCUAGAAUUGAUAACGAGCGUUGAGGCAACGAAAUCGAGAGCGUUGGAUGCAUUGCGAGACAAUACUUGUCUUCAUUUUUCGUGUCACGGCACACAGGACUAUACAGAACCCUUCAAUUCGGCAUUUCUCAUGCGCGACCAACCCCUUUCACUCCUUGAUAUCGCACAAACGGAUCUGUCUCGACAUGAAUUUGCCUUUCUUUCUGCAUGUGAAACCGCAGUCGGUGAUGCCAAUACACCUGACGAAGUCAUACACCUGGCGGCUAGCCUUCAAUUUGCUGGGGUACAGAGUGUAGUUGGGACAUUAUGGGAGGUCAAUGAUAGUACGGUGCAGCGCUUAGUCGAGGCAUUCUACAAGAACUUGUGUGGGGAUGGCAAGAUGAAUUCCAAGCGGGCUGCCCGUGCGCUGCACCGAGCGAUCCAGUCGUUGGCUAGUGACAAGGACAUGCCAUUGGAGCAGCGCAUAGUGUUCAUGCAUAUUAGCAUAUGA